AUGGGCCCCCGGGGAUGGCCGUGGCCAUUGGCCAUCAUCUAUUUCGUCUUUUGCGGCUUUUCGCUGCUCCACACUGCCGUGGCCGACGACCCGGUGCCCGCCAUUCUCAACGGCGCCCCCGGCCCGAACGGAACCAACGCAAACACGACCCAAAUCCGUGUGCCGACAGUUUUCGGGAUUCGCGUCGAACUUCCCCCCGACGACCCAUUCGGAUACGACAAACACGGCGUCUGCAUCGUCACCCCCGAUGAGGAGUUCAAGGUGGUCGUCUACGGGAAUCAGCUCGACAAGUUGGACAAGAUUGUUUUCACCGCUACCAAUAGCUGCUUGGAGGCUACAAAAGUGCUCGACGUGCAUAAUGACUUUUUGCAGCAUUUCCAGCAUCGAGCUUCUUUUAGAUUGAAACUCCCAAUGCUCCUCGAAAGUGUGCACGCCUACAAGAUGUGCGUCAUCCCGAAGAACAUCCCGGAGAAUUUCCUGUUAAAGCCGUUGGAGGACUUCUCAACUAUGAUCACCACCGAAAGGCCACCCAAGGAAUAUUUUCUACCUCUUCCGCUUCAGAUUGGGGUUAUCGUCUUCCUGUUGAUUCUUUCCGCUCUCUUCUCCGGCCUAACCCUCGGACUCAUGUCGAUGACACCCCAGGAGUUGCAGCUCGUCCAAAAAUCUGGCUCCCCCCAAGAACAGAAAUACGCCACGAAGAUCCUGCCCAUCCGCAAGAAGGGCAACCUGUUGCUCUGCUCGCUGUUGCUGGGGAAUGUCGUUGUAAACGCAGCCAUUUCUAUCCUAUUCGGCGAGCUGACGUCUGGACUGCUUGCGCUUGUCGUUUCAUCGCUCGGCAUCGUCAUCUUUGGAGAGAUUAUCCCGCAGAGUAUAUGCGUCAAAAAAGGCCUGGCCGUCGGCGCGCACACGAUCAUGAUCACGCAGGCGUUCAUCGCCCUGACCUUCCCGCUGGCGUGGCCCAUCUCGAAGCUGCUCGACUUUUUGCUGGGUGAUGAAUAUACGGCCUACGAUCGAAAGCGGUUGAUGGAGUUGAUGAAGAUGUCGAUGACGGGGGAUGCGCAUGCUUCGAACGAGCUGAAAAUUGCUGUGGGCGCCAUGGAAAUCGCCGACAAAGUUGUGCGACAGGUGAUGACGAAGAUUGGGGACGUAUUCAUGCUCCCCGAAAACACGGUGCUCAACGCGAAGACGAUUGCCGAGAUCAUUCGGAUGGGCUACACAAGAAUACCGGUGCACGCUGUUGGGGACAAGAAUGAUAUCACGGAUAUAUUGUUCGUGAAGGAUUUGGCGUUGAUCGAUCCGGAUGAUGAUUUUACGGUUAGGACAGUCUGUGGCUACCACAAGCAUCCCGUCAAAUUCGUGCUCGACGACACACCACUCGGAGUCCUCCUCGAGUCCUUCAAGAAGGGCGAAGGCCAUAUGGUGAUUGUCAAGCGCUGCGUGAACGAUGGUGUCAAAGAUCCGGCUUACGAGCUUGUCGGUAUCUGCACCCUCGAGGACAUUGUCGAAGAGAUCUUACAAGCCGAAAUCAUCGACGAAUUCGACGUGAUCACCGACAACGUGCACAAGACGAAACGAAAAAUGACCGUUGCGCCCCGAGAUAUGACGCGCUUCUUCGACAAGGAGGCCCCGCACAUCACCAUCUCGAUGCACCUCCAGCUGGUGGCCAUGCAAUGGCUCGUCGCCAACACGGAGGCGUUCAAGGAGAAAUACAUCAGCAAGGAGGUGCUGGAGCGAUUGGUGAAGAGCUCGGCGAGGAGGGUCGACAUCAGCUCGUUAAUGGCAAUUUCGGAGGCGGGGCGGCCAAGUGAGCAUUUGAACAUCCCGCGGUUGGCCCGACUCUACACGAAAGACGAACCGAGUGAUCGUUUCGUGCUCGUGCUCGAGGGUCGGGUGGAGGUUACGAUUGGACAGGGUGGUAUGAUGUUUGAGGCGGGCCCGUGGCACUCGUUCGGGAAUGAAGUGCUCGACAAGCUGACCCAGGGAGCCGCCACCCUCGGCCGAUCCGCCAGCGUUGUCGAUUCGAGCGAUGUGGCGGUGCGCAGGCCCGAUUUGAUGUUCAAGCCCGACUAUUCGGCGUUGAUCAAGGGCGAUUGCACAUACCUGGAAAUCACGAUCGGCCAAUUCAUAAAUGCCUACAAGUCGUCAUUAAUGCAGCGAGAGAAGGCUAGGGACCGUGAGCUUCACUCGACCGACCAUUCGGCGAAUGCCUCGCCAAAUCUCUCGGCCAACCGCCGGAUGUCGAUGCCCUCGACGCAAGGAUCAAUCGAUGAGGCCCCACUACCACCGCACCAGCAAGCGAUCGCCGAGGCCAAGGAAGCGGUAGAGACCCUCAACCAGGUGGAAGAGGCCCGAAAGCGGAAACAACGGAACCAUCGAUCCGGGAGUAGACAGGAUGAGGAGGAAAUCGAGCUGCUCAAUCACCCGACCCGGGAAGAAGAGGAGGAGGGA